AAUUAUUUGUCAACUUUCAAAAACUAUGAAAAGAUCGACUACCUUUAGAGCCUAACAUCUAAGCUUAGAUCAGCUACUGCGCCGCUCCUAGUGCCGAUGCAGGUCCCAUGAGCCAUGGCUAUGCUAGAAGACCUUCCCGCCGACUUGAGGGGGAUCAUACUAGUGACCCCCUGGGGUUUGUACCUUGCGGUGUGCGAUGUGGUGCUAUCUCUACUGCUGGUAGUGAGGAUAUUCGCGCCGGACUUCCUCUACCGCGCGUCGUGUGGCCUUGGAUACUCUGUCUGGAGGUGGAUCCAGUUUAUCUUCGAGGGCUGCAACGGCGCUCGGAUCACCAUCUCAGGAGAUCGGUUGCCCACGAGGGAGUCGGCUGUUGUCGUCUCGAACCAUGUCGCGUGGGCCGACUUUUACCUGAUCCAAAGCUUGGCCCUGCGAUCGCGAAUGCUGGGGCAAUGCCGAUGGUUUGCGAAGAUCCAGCUGUGUUGGGUCCCCUUCCUCGGCUGGGGUCUCUGGGCCAUGGGAAUGCCGAUGGUGACCCGGAAUUGGAUGCGAGACCUGCGCGAGCUGCAGCGCGUCUUUGGUGGUAUCGUACGUAGGAGGUGGCCGAUGUGGCUGAUAAGUUUCAGCGAAGCAACACGAUUUACACCCGAGAAGUAUGAUGAAUCUGCUGCUUGGUGCAAACAGAAUGGCCGCCCUUGCAUUUACUUUAUCCCCGUACCAAGGGCUUUGUCACUACCGUGCAGCAUCUGAGAGCAGCACCUCACGUGAAGGCAGUGUACGACUUUCACCAUUGCGUAUCAACAUAACGAUAAGUUUCAUGUAGCCCCGAACAUUUGGGAAACUAUGAAGCUCCUGGGUCUUAGUGAUUCUCAAGGAUAUAGGUUCCACGUUCAUGUACGGCGUUUUCCUCUUGAGGAGCUCCCCAACGAGGAUGAAGAGCUAGCGAAGUGGUUGGAGCAGAUAUGGGUUGAGAAAGGGCAAUGAUUGGAUGCCCUAAAGACCGAAUGGGCUUCUUCAUAGAGAGAAACAUGUGAUUAUAGUAGCUCAUGUUAAAGCUCAACUAUUAGUUUAAGGUCACGUUUUCAUGUUGGAGUGUAUUGGAGCCGCUUUGCAUAGGUACGGUACCUAAAUGAAGUUUGCAGUUGUACUUGACGUUGUUCACCGAUUGCUACUUGCAUAUGACUACCUACCUCUAAUACAUAGGUAUGAUGAGUUUUGGAGGACGGUCUGUGUAAUUACUUGCGUCACGAGCAUGCUGAGCGCCAUUGCGUUCCAUUUUUUUGCUGUAAGGAGUUAUCGUACAUCUCAAGGAUGUGUGUUCGGUUCAUGUGAGACAUAGUAGCCGUGCCAACGAGCGUGGUAGAUGCAGCCGGACGGACCUAGUAUAGAG